ACGUCCGCUAAUCAAUCCGCUUUCGCGCUUAUCAACAAGUGCCGCAUACAAAAUCGGCACGCCGAUGCUGUUCGGCUGGUCGUUGUGAGGUUGUCCGAGGUCAUAUCAGUCAGUGGUGCCAGGAUCGUCGACUACGACGGCGUGUUUCCAGGAGAUGAAGCCUUGAGAAGCGAGUCGGAUCGUGUCGCGUUGGAUCUUUUGGAUUCCCUUUUUCGAUUCUUUGUGUUUCUCAUUUAAUUAUCGCUCGCGUUGAUAAAGCACCGUCGUUUCGUGACGAAUGCCUUCACAUGUCGACGAACGUGUCGCACGUGAAUAAAUACAUGCUAGCAUGAUAGUCGCGCACGCGACUUCCUCCACCAAAAUAAGGAAAAAAUUCUGCACUAUCUUAUCGGCGAAAUUUUGCAUUGCGGCGCAUCGGUCGAUGACGCUAAAGUGCUGGAAGACGCGAGGGUGCUAUCACGGAUGGGAGAAAGGGAGGGCGCGAUUUUCGGAAAGCGCGGUCGCGUUGCUAAAAAUAGAUCUUCGUGUGUGCGUGUGCGCUGGAUGCUUUUAAACAUAGUUUUGGCAGACAGAAACGUCAAACCGUCUCGGAGUAGCGGAGCGCGUGCAUCGUUUUGCAAAUUUCACGGAAAGAGCGCUCGGCAUCUUGCUAUUCUCGAUCAAAACGCGAUCAUCAAAGAACUUCAAAAGGUUUCUCAUGUAAAUGUUAUUCCUUCGUCCUUUCUUAAGAUAGUCGCGAUAUCAAGUUUCGCUUCGUUGAAUUGAAGAGAAAAAUAUGAAAAGUGCAUCGGAGAAAUUCGACCGGGAGAAUCAACAGCUGAUGAUGACAAUGCAACCGGUCAAUGAAAACACAGCCGACGUGCAACAGGAAGAUGUGAUGUCAGCGGGUAAUAAAAGCGCGGACGAGGCUGUGAGCGAUGCCCUGUUGGAGAAGCUCCGAACUCACGCGGCUAAACCGCAGGAGGCAGGUGACGCGCUCAGGACGAUCGCGGCCAAGAUUCACGCGCGCGUCACUUCAUCAGAUCGGCGGAUACGCGAGCGCACGUUGGAGAAACUCUGGCGCAAAAAUUCCGGUGCGAUGGAAUCAUUUAUUAUGGCAUUGGAGAACUGUAAGGAUUAUGUUGCCAAUUGCAGUAUCAUCAAUAUACUUCACGAAUGCAUAUCACCCCGAGUGUCCAAAGGCAAAUCCAAGGAGAAGACGAGCAAGAACAAGAGCAUCUCAAAAAUCAGUAGUCGCAUGGCGGUCAUUCAACUGAUCAACUUAGGUAUCACGCAAGUCCUAGUUAAACUUUUAAUUAACCUACAACAUGCAGACACCAUCACGAGCGAAGUACUCACUCAAGACAUUCUCUGGAUUUUGAGUCAGGUGGCUCAGAGAGACCAGAAAUUUGUGUCAAAAAUGAAAUUGCUCAACUCCAUAAAAGUGUUCCACUCGUUAUUAAAACAACAUUACAAUAACAGUAAGACAUUAUUGUCGUUACUGUUGAUCAUCAAAACUCUUGCUAAAAAUUCUUUUUCCUUACAAACGCUAGUGAAAGACGGCAUUACUAGCACCUUGGAAAAAACAUUCGUCAGCGUCGGUUAUACGCCACACUUGAAGUUGAAGACAUUGUUAGAAUGCUUCAAACAUUUAACAACUAAUAAACUUUGCUGCAACAAAUUCGUUAAAAUCGGGAUGGUAUAUCUACUAAUGCGAAUCUUCGAAAGAUGGGAGAGAUUCGACGGGCAGAUACGAUUGAAGAUUUGUAAUUACGCUCUUAAUACGCUUCAGCAUCUCUGCGUUAUAAGAGCUGGAAGGAAGGCUAUUAAGUCGAACAAUGGCUUACAGCUACUGUACCGGUUUUGUAUGAACUGUCCAGAAGACAAGGCUUAUGACUGUCUGCUGUCGCGUAUCUGUGGGAUAAUCAAUCAGUGUUUGGAGAAGAGGGAACUGCCGGUCCCCGAAAUGUCGCCCGCGAGAUUCGUUUUGCCCGAAGCGAAUGUCAGGGCGAAUAGCGCUGAAAGCGGUAGCGACAUCGACAGCCAGGCGAACAGCAUAGCUUCCACCGGUAGACUGUACAGCGAUCUUGAUUCUGGUGACGACGAGGAGAGCCAUGACUCCAGGAAUAUGAUGGAUAAUGCGAUUCACUUAGGGGACGAAGUGGACGAGAGCAAAUUCUUCGCUGGAGUCUUUACCUCGCAGAGAUCCGAAGAGGAUCUCGUUGGAUAUCAUACAUUCUUCAAGGAACUGGGCAGCUUGCGAUCACAAUUGCACGUCGCUGGAUUGUCGAAUGUCAAGCUAGUCGAUCUCUGCUUAGCGGAGGAUGAUUGGAUGAGCUGUCAAUUCACGAAGAACGCAAAAGCUUCGAUCAAGGACUUCUCAAAAUUUAACGGCGCAACGAAAGAUCGAUUGGCGAAUAACACGCACGAUUUGAAAAUCUUACGAGACGUGUCGACAAACGUCACGGAUCGACAAGCGUAUUGCGCCGUGGCGAGCAAGGUGAGAAGCAUUAUCGGUUUCGUCAAGGUCGCCUAUCCGGACCUGAUCGGCGGCGACGGUUUGGGGAAAGCCGAACCGCUCAACGCCAAGGAUAGAAAAGUUUGCCGGGCGAAACUGCUGACCUGCGUGGAACGCGGCCUCCACGCUGUCGCCACCAUCCAAGAGGUUGUUUACGAUCUCGAUGCUCUCGCCAACGUCGCUUCCCGGCGAACGCCGAGCGAUGACCGGCUUCUCGGCAACUGGGACGAGAAGAGGAUCGUCGGAAAACAGACCUCGACGGACGCCAGGCAGUUGCAGUUCGAAUCCAGAUUCGAAAGCGGAAAUCUGAGGAAAGCUAUUCAGAUAGGCCCGCGAGAGUACGACCUCAUCCUGACGCCGGACGUCAAUAGCGCUUCCAGGCACCAAUGGUUCUACUUCGAGGUCUCUGGCAUGGAGGCAGACGUGCCGUACACGUUCAAUAUAAUCAACUGCGAGAAGGCCAACUCGCAGUUCAAUUUCGGCAUGAAACCGAUUCUGUUCAGCGUCAUGGAGGCGCAAUGCGGUAGACCAGGUUGGGUGAGGACCGGCGUCGACAUUUGCUAUUAUCGGAACUGUUAUCAACGACCUGCCAGAGGGAAGACGUACCUGACAACGUCGUUCACGGUUACGUUUCCGCACACGCACGACGUCUGUUACUUGGCGUACCAUUUCCCGUACACGUACAGUCGGCUAAUAACCAACAUCUGGAAGUGGACGAGGAGCGUCUCCGCGGCAAACGUAUACUUUCAUGCGGAGACGCUCUGCGAAACCUUAAACGGCAACGAGAAUCCCGUGCUCACCAUCACAUCACCGGAUUCCCAGACCAAUCCUAUACAAAAUCGAAAGCUGAUCUUCUUAACGUCCAGGGUGCAUCCUGGCGAAAGCAACGCGUCCUGGGUGAUGCAUGGGACCAUGGAGGCUCUGCUAAGCGACAGCCAAUACGCCAGCAGUCUACGUGACGAUUAUGUGUUCAAAAUAAUUCCUAUGCUAAAUAUAGAAGGAGUCGUGAAUGGCUGCAAUCGUUACGGUCUGACAAACGAAGACCUGAACCGACGCUGGAGCAAUCCCAAUCAGAUGUACCACCCGGUGAUCUAUCACACCAAGGGCCUGAUGGAAUACUGCGCCAGGGUGCUUCAGAGGCCGCCCCACGUUUUCGUCGACUAUCACGGCCACUCGCGGAGGAAGAACGUGUUUCUGUUCGGUUGUUCAAGGUCGGGUUCCUGGAGCGCCGCGGACAGGGCGAAACCGGACCAGCCGCUGCAGUAUUUGAUGUUACCGCAUCUCAUGCAGAGGACCUCGCCGGCUUUCGCUCUGCCGCUCUGUUCCUUCAAGGUCGAGAGAAAUAAGGAAUCCACCGCCAGAGUGGCUGUAUGGCGGCAGUUGGGUGUCUCGAGAAGUUAUACGAUGGAGAGCAGCUUUUGUGGGUGUGAUCAAGGCACAUUGGCCGGAUUGCAUCUCGAUACAGGGCAUCUUAAAGCUAUUGGGAAAGAUUUCUGUCAAGCUCUAUCCAUGAUGAAAGACGCCGAUGACGAUUGGGCUGUCGGAAAAAUUCCCACGGAAGGACAUCUCCUCGAAGAGACAGGCUGCAUAGAUGAUGAAGUAUGUUCCGAUAGCGAACCCAAUGAAUCUGAUUUUGAGACUUAAGAGACUUCGCAUUUUAGUCAAGUAUCAGCAAUUAUAAAAUUUAUUAGUUAAUUGUCUGUAUAAAAUUUAAAAAUUGAUAUAAAUUUCCGUUCUGAUAGUAUAGCAUCAAGUGUGUCAUACUUUACGAGAAAACUUUUAAGAGAAAAUCUUAAACAAUGUUUAUUUAAAACUAGUAACCGCUACCUCUUAUAUCUAUUUACAUUGCAAAGCACACUUAUACAUAUUUUGGAAAUUGAAUUUUGUCAUAUAAAUAAAAUUAUUUGUGCUAUAGAGUUAAUAGCGUGAGAACGCUACUUAUGUUAAUUAUAUGUGAUUACGUG